AUGUUCUCAAACACUACCGAUUUUCUCGUAUUCGUCGGCACCGCGAUAAUUCUUUACAUCAUAACCUGGUGUAAUUCUAGGAACACUGAAAAGCGAUUCGACGCGAAAAUGACUGCCUCGCUCAAAAAACAGCAAAAAAUUAUCUCUGGUUUAUCUGAAGCCGUAAAAUAUCUUGGUUAUGACAUUCGCGAAGUUCGAGAUGGGGUCGCAAGAAGUAGUAAUGCGGAUCUG